CAGCAGAUUCCCAGCUUUUGCUUGCAGUAUCGUUGUUGUUGCUACAGUCCUUAGUUACCGCUGAGGCCACAGUGGCCUAAAUAGCAGGUGAAACAUUAACAAGAUUUGGAAAUGAGUGUAGAAGAGUUCGGUUUUGUUUUGACCAGAAGGACAAUGAUACCAGCAAUUCAUUGUGUCUGCAGCCAUUUCUGCAUUUAACUACUUGUUUGAUGACCUACAGUAUCUACAAGGAAGCAUUUUGCACUGGAAUGCGGUCACAAAAGGCUGUUUAAUCCGCCCAUGGAUAUAGGUACAUCUCCGAGAAUUACCGUGCUUCUUCAAAGGGAUCAGGUAUAAAUGACGAAGAAGAUAUAAUCUAUUGUGGGAAACUUCAAAUGAACCCUGAUGGAAGAUGGAGGCUACAGAACACAUCAGCGAGUAGAAUGUUUUGUAAAAAGACACUUGGGACAAGACGUUUGUAACAGUCUUAGAAUUUCAGAACCAUGCAUUGUUGUUGGUGGAAGCUACAGCCAUGCCUUCAAGUUUAUUGUACUCACUGAUGAUACCUUAUAUAUUUUUGCAAAUCCACCACAAGCAGAAAAUGACAUAGAGAUGAGAAUUGAGCUGCAGCAAAUAAGUGAAGUUAAAUAUGUUCAUGAUAUUCCAGAAUUUUUAUCUGGUGACCUCCAAAAAAAUGCUCAGCAUUUUCGUAUGACUUACAGAAAAUCUGAUCUGAGUCCACAAGCCAAUUUGAAACCUGAACAAAAGAAUAAUGGAAAGAGAAACGCCAGCUCAUAUUUAAAGACAUUCCAGGAGAAUCCGGUUGGAUCUAAGACAGCAGUUGGUGCAGAGAAUCAGCCAGCUGCAGGAAGGAAUUCAAAUUCAAGUGUGAUAGAUGAGUUGAUGCGUGAAGAUGGAAGGUCUUCUACAAUACGAUUUAAGUUUGAUGAUCAUGAUGAUGAUUGUCAAAUAGGACGGGAUAGGUCUUACAGUGACCCAUUAAGAAUAACAGAACUCCCUGCUGAAGCCAAAGCUGCCAUUGCUGUGCCACUUAAACUUAACGCUUCACAAAACGUACGGAGAAAAGGAGCUAAAGAACCGAAUGGUUCUGAGAAGACCAUAUCAAAUCGUACGUCACGUCCUCUUCCUCCUCCAGCACCUGGGACGGAAAUGACCAAUGCGAUGAUUAUUAAAGGCUCUCCAAACUUAAGAGUAUCAGGAAGACGCAGAAGAAUGGGUGACCGCAAGCCAGAUGAUUCGAAGUCUAAAGAUGGAGCUGUGCAAACAAUUUCAGACCCCUGUCUUCGCGGAGCUCAUCCCAGUGAGAGUUCAGCAAUUCGUCACAAAUCUUUUCCCUUGGACCGGUAUUCUCAUGUCGAAAUGCCUGACUUGGCAUCCAGGUCAACCAGUUUUUUAACAACUGAAAAGAAUGGCUCUAGUAAGCACCUGAAUCAAAGUCUUUCUGCCAGGAUUGGCAGUUUCUUUGGUAAAACAGAUGAAAAGGCGUCAUUGAAAAGUGGUAUUUCUAAGACAAAGACUCCGGCCACACAAGACGACAAUUUCUAUGAAGAAGAUGUGUUUCCGACUGAUAGCAAUGUAGCUACAGUUGAUGUCUAUUUGCUAAAUGGAGAAUCGCAGAUGGUACCCCUGCUGAAAUCAACAAGAAUCAAUUCAAUAAUGUCGAAGACACUGCGAAUGGGUCGUGUAAGGGAGCGAUCUUCAAGUGUAGACAGAUCUAAGAUGCUGGAAGAAUUCAAUCUGCUAAAGGAGGACAUCCUUAAUUGCACUGAGAUCGAGAGAGCUUUCAUAUUGACCAAAGAAUUGCUUUCAGGUGCCACAAAAAGGCCGCUGAUCAAGACACUGUUCUGGAAAACCCAAGAACUUAUCAAUUACUAUCACACGAUACUUGACUCGUAUCUUAUAAAUCAUGCAAAAAUAGUGUUUCAUGGUGACGAAGCAGAUGAACUUGACUACAUGCUCAUCAUUGCUGAUCUAAUUGUUUGCAUGAUUUUCAACACUGAAAUUUUGCAAUCGAGAAACAAGAUCCUUUUUGGACACAGGGGAUCCAUAGUCUAUAAAAUGAUGAAAACAUCAAUGUGGAAACCUGACCUGUUAAAGAAACAGGAGUCGCAAGUGUUGUCAAAUGCUGCAGCCCUGUUGCUUGCUGGUGUGGAUCAUCAGCGUCAACAAAGUGACAAAGAAAUUGAGUUGGAUAAUUUACUGGGAGAAUGGACGGAUGCCUGUUCAUCUCUUGUUUACGAGCUGCUGAAUGCAACCGAGCAGUGCUCAUGGACAUACCGCGAAACAAAAGAGAUUUCUUUACACAACUUGAUAACUAACAUGGAAUCUCAUUCUCAAGUUGAAUCGUUUCUGCAGGAUCUGAUCGGCAGAAUACUCAUGCGGCUUCUAAAAGGACACUCGUUUUUAAAGCAUUCAGAAGUGGUUUUGUUGUAUAAGCAAUUCACUGUGCUAUCCUACGUUAUUGAAUACAGCCCAGCAUUGUCAAAAUUUUUGUCGGACCAUUAUUACGAAGAAUUUAGAUACUACAUUGGUUCACCUAAACACUUGAGUCGGAUACCGGAAUGUCCGGUUGCGCCAAUGCUCCGAGCAGUAAUAGCUGAAGUAAUCGAUCUCAUGAUAAAGCAGUAAUAGAAAGCAGUCCCUCCAUCGAUUCACCUGCGGCUUUUCAUGUUAUGAUGACGUUUUGUUGAUAUGUUCAAGAAAAUAAUGUAUUUUAGGUGCGUUAGCAUCUUACGAGCGUGAUUAGAUUUUUAUCCUGUUUGCGUUCAUUUUUAUCUCUAUGAAAAUGAGAGCUGGACUUUCUUAUAAUUUAUUUGCAUGUAUUGUUAAUGCUUUAAAAGAUGUUACGAAAAUUUGGGCUGGGUUUUUCGUGUUCGGCCUGAUUCUUACAGUCAGCCAUGUGACAGAAUUGGAAUUAGGCAAUAGGGCAACCCUUUCCGGUUCCCUUGCUGUUAUUGAAGCCUGAAGCACACAGUAGAAAUAGCCUGAAACAUUACUUGACCAAUUUCGUCUUGCCUUAGCCAGUUGCAAUGAUCAUGACAUGGCAAUUUUCAAUAAUUCUUCGUUGGAACUUGACAUAAACGCAGGUUUAAUUGGUCUAGUAAAGUUUUCCUUUAAUCCUAAAGAAAUGUCAGGCUUCACCUGAUGUGCGUAAUUCUUAUUCUGUUGCCAUGCAACAUUAGCUAACGACACUUAGCAACGGUAACUCACGCAUCUUCUUUGUGAUAGCCUGCGUGCAGACUCAAAAUUUUCUACGUGAAAUAGUAGAGUCUGCACGCAGGCUACUUUGUGAAGUUCUGAGUGUUGACGUAUGGUGUUUCUGUUGAAUAAAGGACUUGUACUUAAUUUAUUCAUUAUGAAAUUUAUGGGUAUCCUGAAUUUAUAACUGUUAUAGUAACAUAAUUAUAAACUUCAGACUAACCUUGUUUACGAUCAGUGAUUAGAUAAUAGGAAUCGCUUAUUAGAAGAUCAAAAUCACUGAUUAGAUGCAUGAUAGCUGAUUUAAGGAUUGCUCGCACUAUUGAUUCAAAUUAACGGAAGAAGCAGCACGAUCCAUUCGGCGAUGAUUACAUUAUUAUUUAAUCGGUUCAGCUGCAUCAUUUAUUAGGCAUUGUAAUUUCUUUGCUUCAUAUCCAUAUUAAAUCAAAUAGUCAAACAGUUCUUCGUGGUCAGCAAUGUUAUCCCAGCGCGCCUUUGACCACGACUCUAUAGGCCAGCUCUAUAUCACCUAUUCGCAAGAGGUUUUUCAAACUUGCAUGGCCAUGUAUUUGUUCUACAUGCAAAAGAAUUUCAUUUGAUUUUGCAAGUUCUUUCCAAGAUAACUUUUUAUCGAUAACAAAUUUGAAAGACAUUGAAUAAA